GAAUUUUGUAACCGCGAUUGCGAAUGUCUGUCAAUAUGAUAUUCACCAAUAUGUCCUGCCAAGCACUGGCAUAGAUUGAUAUCUGUAAAAGAAAAUAACAAGAGAGAUAAUCAUCCUUACAUAAUUAUCGUUAGAUUGAAUAUAGAAAAUUUCAUGCAUUUAUUUUCAAUAAAUAUAUACUUUCUGAGAUAUGUGGAGAACGUGAGGAUUUUAGAUAAAUAUAGUAACAAUCACUUAAUUGGUACUCUCUAUUUAACUGUAACACACCUUAUAUUUACAGAACGAAGUGGGAAGAAGAAAAUUUGGGUGUUAUAUACUCACAUUGCAAACAUAGAGAAGCAGCCACUGACUACAACAGGCUCCCCACUGUGCAUUAAAUGCAAACACUUUUUUAUUGUAACGUUUAUUAUUCCAAAGGAACGAGAUUGCCAUGAUAUAUUCCUUACUCUAUCAAAGUUAUCUUGCCCAGCAAGUUUAGAGGAUCUUUAUUGUUUUCAUCAUCAAGUGAACAAAGAUACAUUGCCACAGCAUGCAGGAUGGAAUUUUUUUAAUUUACAAAGUGAAUUUCAAAGGCAGGGAGUUCCAAAUGAGGAGUGGUCUCUGACGUAUUUGAAUACGAAUUAUGAGCUUUGUGAUACUUAUCCAAAGUAUUUGUACGUACCUAAUAUAUGUACCAAUAGUAUCUUGAUAGGCAGUGCAAAGUUUAGAAGUAGAGGGAGAUUACCUGUCUUAACAUAUUUACAUUCCAAUAAGGCCGCUAUUUGCCGAUGUAGUCAACCUUUGUCGGGAUUUAGCGCACGAUGUCCCGAAGACGAGCAAAUGAUGUAUAAUAUUUUGCGAACAAAUCCUAAUUCUAAAUAUAUGUAUGUUGUAGAUACACGACCACGAAUCAAUGCCUUUGCUAACAGAGCUACAGGAAAAGGAUACGAGAACGAGAACUUCUAUGAUAAUAUAAAAUUUCACUUCUUCGGUAUUGAGAACAUUCAUGUGAUGAGAACAAGUUUAAACAAAUUAAUCGAAUUACAAAGGACGACGUCAAUGAGUACAUUUUUAAGCGGUUUGGAAAGUAGCGGAUGGUUAAAACAUAUACGAUCUAUUUUAGAGACUGCUUGGUUUAUUGCUAGAGCAGUUUCGAACGGAGUUAGUGUAGUUGUACAUUGUAGCGACGGCUGGGAUCGUACUGCUCAAGUAUGUUCAUUAAGUGCUUUGUUAUUGGAUCCAUUUUACAGAACAAUUCAGGGUUUCCAAGCACUGAUAGAAAAAGACUGGUUAUCGUUUGGACAUAAGUUCAGUGACCGAUGCGGUCAUAUUAACUGUGAUAAUAAAGAAUUAGCACCAAUUUUUACACAGUUUAUCGACGCAACGUAUCAAUUAUUGCAGCAAUAUCCUUAUAAGUUUCAGUUUAACGAAUUCUUUUUGAUAACUCUCCACGAUCAUGUACACAGCUGCCAAUACGGUACUUUUAUAGGAAACUCGGAGAAGGAAAGACAAAUUCUCAGAGUAUCGGAAAGAACGUAUUCUCUGUGGGGAUACAUUGCAAAUAACAUGCAUGAGUAUAUAAAUCCUUUGUACAAGUGCAGUCGUUUUAACGAAGAAACUAGUCCUGUCCUCCAACCUAAAUUGGCACCGCAAUGCAUUAUUUUAUGGCGAGGACUGUACUUUAGAUUCGAAAACGGUAUUCACCCAAGAGAAACGUACGAAGAUUACCUUACGAUAAUGCAUGAUCACACCAGUUGCUUAGAGGACCACGUUAAACUCCUUGUAAAGAGAGUCAACUCUUUGAAUUCGAUGUUGAAUUUAAAUAACAUCCAAAAGAAGGGAGUGCAAGAGAAACUAAACUUCGAUAAUAAAUACACGAAGGAUCCAUUAUCUGAAGCCAUAAUAGAAAAUACACCGAAUCACGAAGAGAAAGCGAAAUGUAAGAUAAAAAUUAGUCAGUUACAAAACGAAUUGAAAACAGUUGCCUUGGAUUGGAAGUUAUUUCGUAACAUGGAAGAGUGUGUAUGUUCUACUACGUUUGAUGCAUUUAAUAGAAAGUACCAUUGUUGGUCGUGUGGAGAGGUAUUAUGUACAAGAUGCAUGGGUGCACACACUGUUCUUGCUGGACAUCAUUCACAACGUGCAGUGCCUACUUGUAAGUCAUGUACACAGAAUUCCAGUAUUCCUUCUACUAGUCCCUAAAUUAAUUUUUUUUUAAACACUUAUUUAAAUUUGUAAGCUGUACCUAAUGUAUAUUAUGUACGGUCAUUAGAUUAUAUAACGUUAAGAUGGGAGUAAUAAUAUAGUAACGUAAACAUAAAAAAAAUUUGAUCCGAUGGAAACUAUUAAUAGAGAAUUGUACAUUUCACAUUUGUUUUUUUAAUGUGUAUUUGAACCAAAGCAUGUCAAGUUAAAAAGAAAAAAGGGAUAUACGAACGUAAAAAAUAUUGCGAAUAAAGACACAAUUUUAUUUUAAUUUGUAUUCAACACAAAUUGUAUUAAGCACAAUCAUACUUCUUCAAAUAAGACUGUUUUUAUUUUAUAUUUCUUUAUAAGAUAUGUAGAUAGGCAAUGCUUUGUUUUUAAGAUCAGAAACAGCCUUUCAGAAAUAAGAUUAAACAACUUACUUUUA